AUGGUUCAUUCUACACUAUUCAGGCUAUUUAUCAGCAAUGAAUUGACAGAUCCUUUAGUAAGUCACUGUUUAAUUGAAGGUCUUGAUGUUGGAUUUUUCCCAAUUCAACCUGGAGGUAUGAAUGGUUUGUCAGUGAAUAUUGAUGACCCUAAGCAAAGUGCAAAUAUUACUUGUGAUUUGGAUACUGAUAAAUUACAUGGCCAGUAUGUUCUGUUUGAUAAUACUAGAGAUUCUCAAAGGUGUGGGGAUAAUAAAUGUGAAUGGCAUGUAAAGAAUGAUGGAUUAUAUCUUGAUAUUCAAGGCCAGCAAGUUUUUCAGGCUCCCUGGUUUUUGUAA